GGUUGGAAAAAAGUGCAGAGGAAUCCACAGGCAGAUUUUGGGAAACAUUUAACUGCAUGGAGCCCAUCAGACUGGAGAAUGAAGAUCUCUGCUGUGGUCAUAGUUCUCCUGACUAAUGUCUUCUUUGGAAAUGUUUGCACAGCUAUCAAUGCCACAGUCACUCCAUCUCCAUUCACACUUGUGGCCGAGGGGGACAACAUCACCUUGUCCUGUCAGGUGAGCCAGCGGCGCAGGUCAGCGAGCAUGCCCGUGGUGCGCUGGAUGUUCCAGCCCGAACGGGGAGGAGAAGAGCUGCUGGUGGUGAAAGUAAACAUGCGGAAAGAAAAGUUUUACGGGAACUACACCAAGAGCUUCCAUGGGCCCAAAAUGAAACUGACAGUGGUAAAACAGGGGAAGAUAUAUAACCUCCUCAUCAUGAACAUCACUAAACAAGACAGAGGUAUUUACAGCUGUAGGGUCCAAGAGUUUAAAUGGCACCAGGAACGUUGGAAAGCUUUAACCAACAGCUCAGCGUCCACACAUGUCAGAGUCCAUGUUCUCCCAGCUGAGAGACCAAAGGAUGAGCUGUGGAGUCUGUUUGAAGAUGUAUAUUUGUGUGCUGUGCUGGUUUGUUGUGUUGGACUUUUGUGCAUGUGUAUGUUUACUGUAGCUGUGAGUUGUCAGUAUCUGCAGAGGAAGAGACGUUUAAAAGAAAACUAUCAUUUGGUCAAGAGCCCACAGAACAGCUCAGGCGAGACGGUCACCAGUGUAGUCAGUCUGUCUCCUGCUCUUCCCAAAAAAGAAAGGAAGUACAAGAAAAAGAAAAGUGUGGAGCAGCCAGAUGUACCACCAGAGAUACCGGCUAAAGCCCCUAUUGCAGACAAAAUGCGGAAGCCAAAGCUUUUAAAACCUCAAACCAGAAAAGUGGUUUUGCCCAAAAUUGCUGAGGAGAGUCUGACAUAUGCUGUACUUGAACUAAUGAAGCCAUUGCCUGAUGCCCAAACUGCCAAGACAGGAACUGUGUAUGCUCAGAUACUCUUUGAGGAUAAGCCGGUGUAGACUAAAACCAUUUACUUUAUUAUUUAUAACAACAUAUAGUAAUACUGAUUUAGGUUAGCAUUGAUUUUCUCUUCUGCUUAAACAUUGUUUAUUUUCACACACUACCUAAGAGGAAUUGUACAUAUUGUAUAUGCAUUCUUUUUAUCGAAGUUUUUUUGUUAUCUGUGACUUUCCAAAAUGUUUAAUAUUUAAUAUAGGCCACAUGCAAAACAGCACUCUGAGCAACCCCACAACAGACUAAGGGCUUAUAAUUGAGGAUAACACUUCUGAUCUACAUACAAGAAUCAGCUCCCUACCCAAAAUGUAUAAAAACUAUACACUGUAAAAGAAAUGCACCAUGAAGUUAAAACAACUUGGUUAUGCAAGUCAAUUUUACUUACUAUUUUAGGUUUUCACUUUAUAAAAACAAGUUGAAACUGUUUAACUUAUUUGUUAAAGUUAAAGUACCAUAAAAAUAUAUGUUGACAAAAAUGUUUUUUUACAGUGUAGUGCACGAAAUAGAGAUAGGAUACAGGACAAGCUGAGCAGAAUGAGACACAGCCGUUGUUUUCAUCAUCUUAUGCUUUCAUGUUAGAUGAGAUUAUGAAUACAUUUUUAUUACCUGUACAUUUGAUCACAUUAUUUUAAGCAAUUGUAAUGGAUUAGCUGCAAGACACAACAGCUGCCAGUGCACAAGCUUGUAAAUGUUCUUUGCAUUUACAAAUCCUCGGGAUAAUGUAAGUACACAAGUGCAUGAGAUAUAUUACACUGUGAAAGUGGUUUUUGAACUAAAGUCGUACAUAUUGUGGCUUUAAAACAUAGCAACCAACUUUUGCAUUCCCUAUGGUUUUGGGAUUAGUACAAGUUCCGGAUUGACGGCAUCUGAAGCAUGCUGUCAAUAACCACAAAUUCAUUUUAACUUAGCUUUCAAUAACAAACAAAAGUUAUGCUUUAAAUAAUGCAACAAUUAUUAAAAAGUGGGUGAAACAUAGCUUUGCUAAAGUGCCUACAUGUUUUAUAAAAUUCUGCAUUAUUUGAGAUGUUAAGUUUUCCCAAAUAAGCCGCAGUUUAUCUUGCAUUUAACCCAGAAAAACCCUAUACAUUUCCAUCAAAAUCAUUGAAUUCAUAGAGCUGCUAUGACUUUAUCACAAACUUCCAACGUGCAAGAAAGUUAUCUUACUGUGAAAUGAAAAAGGCCCCUUAAACCACAUCGAGCACAACCAGGGCCGCUGCCUUUACCACUAACAAGAACCAUCUGUGAAUUUAGUACAGAGACCCCAUGCUCAACACAAGCAAAAUCACAUACUGCAAGGUUUUUCGUUUCUCUGUCAUUUUAUUUUGUAAAUGUACUGUAAAUUAAACAUUUCUUAAUAAAGUACUGAAUAUUUCA